ACCAUAUUAUAAACAAAGUUUGAAAUUCGCCUAGACAUUUCGGCUGAUAGCCGACUAUUACGAUCAUGCCUACAGAUUCCAGACGCUUAACGGGACCAGAAGAAACUAAAAGUCCUUAUGUCUAUCUAAAACCACAAAAGGUUCAGGUUCUCACAGAAAAACGAUGUGAUGGACGUGCCACUGACACACUGCGACCAAUAUACCUGAAGGCAGAUGUGGUGAGUCAGGCGAGGGGAUCAGCUUAUAUAGAACAGGAUAACACUAAGGUUAUGUGUGCAGUGUAUGGCCCAAGGGAGGUUGGUCGUAAGGAAGACUUCAGCAUGAAGGGUAUCAUCAACUGUGUAUUCAAAUAUGCAACGUUCUCAUGUCGCUACCGACGCUCCUACCAACAGGACAGUGAAGAGAAAGAUUUGUCUGUACAGCUUUUAGAUGCCCUUGAACCAGCUGUGUGUAUGCACAAAUUUCCAAAAGCUCAAGUGGACAUAUAUGUGACAGUUCUACAGAAUGAUGGAUCAGCGUUGGCAGCUGCAAUUACCUGUGCUUCAGUCGCCUUGGCUAAUGCGGGUGUAGAAAUGUAUGACCUUGUGGUCGGAUGUUCUGUGAGAAUUGCUGGCCAUCUUGUCCUUCUGGAUCCCACAGAAAAUGAAGAAUACAAAUCUCAGGAUGAUAACCCAGUGAACCAUGGCAGUGUCACGGUUGGUUACAUGCCAUCCCUAAACCAACUCUCGGCAAUCACCUCCAAGGGAGAAGUGGAGUUUGAGGACAUGAAGAAGGCAAUGAACCAGUGUGUUAGUUCCUCCCAGACCUUGUACUCUUUACUGCAAAAGUGUCUCAAUACGUCUGUAAUGGAGAAACUACGAAAAAAGGAAAAACAGGCAAACGUAACACAGUGACUUUGGAGAAUUAUGCAUUACCAGUUUUGCCUAACAGACAUCAAGGGAUUCUGACUGAAGUGAUAAUCUUGUCAAAUAUAUUUAGACAGUCCUCACUGAUCAUGAAUUAGAGUCGGGCAGAAAACCAAUUUUUCUGUCAUCAGUUCUGUAUUUUACAAAUUUGAUUGGCAAUAAUCUUUCUGUCAGCUCACAGGUGACCAUCAUCAUCACCAUCAUGUCAUCAUCAUCAUAUCAUCAUCACCAUCAUUAUCCUAUCAUCAUCACCAUCAUUAUCCUAUCAUCAUCACCAUCAUCAUAUCAUCAUCACCAUCAUUAUAUCAUCACCAUCAUCAUAUCAUCAUCAUCAUCAAUAAAGUCACUGUUACACAC